AUGUUCGAAAUCGAGGAACAAGAGACUGUCCACUACUAUGCCCCGGUAAACGACGGUGUCCGGGUUGCGGAAAUUUACGAGGACAUUUUUGAAAAGCACCCGUCCGUCUCGCUGGUCAUCCACAUCCUCCCGUUCAAGGAUUCAAUCGAAUACAAGUGGAUGAAAACAUUGACUGCGCGCUAUGGACUGAUUCGCCAGGGAAUUCUGCUGGAAAAUGCCUUGAAUAAAUUUGCCGACUUGGAUCGUGAAAUGGUGCUCGGCAACGUGGCCCAGUGGAUUGGACGGGAGGCUCUGAAGAGCUCUGGUCUCGGAAAGGCUGCUGCUAUGUCCGAGGUAUCCCAUGAUCUGACGGUCAAACGCAUCGUCGACUCAAACAAUGACAAGGAUAAUGCCGAGACGCAGAUUCCUCGCUUCAAUCAAGCACUCGUUAGCCAAUCUGGCCAAUUGCUUCACGAUCUCACAAAAGAAAAAAAUGUAUUCUCCGGAGCUGCGGGCGUGCGGAUAAUGCUGUGCCACGCGUUAUUCGGUCUGCUGCUCUUUCCACUUGUCGCGGCCCUUCGUGGACGGGGAUCAGCCUCUGUCGUCUUGCAUUUCAAGGGCACUCGUUCAUCCCACUCCUACCCGCUGACAUCUCAUGCCGCUUUCACAUUAUGGUGUUCACCCGAGGGACCCGCGACGAUCGAAUCGGCGUUAUUUCAACGUAAAAGCGAUGGUCGUAAACACGUGCCGACGGUGAGUGAAGAUGGCCGUAACGCCACUUGGACCCUCACUCAUCCCUCGAUAGCUGACGCCGGAGAAUGGGAAUGCAAGCUGGAGACGAGCGGCGGUCACGUCGUACACCCGAUUCCGGUUUACGCCCGCCCGGUCGCACAUCCGCACGGCACCGAGACGUACUCGUUGAUUGACGACAAGGAAAAUCACUUGCGGGGAGCAACGGUCGGCAUCCCGCUGCAUGCAUCCUUGAACGUCACUUCUACCCGCUCGGCCACCUUUGCCAACAACGGGACGACGGUGGUGAUCAAGGACGCGACAGAGGCGAAUGCUGGAGUUUAUUCUUGCCAAGCGAAAAAUGAAUUCAGGGCGGGCAGCGUGGUCGUCAGUUCAUUGCUGAUCGUCGAAAAGCAAGUCAAAGUGAAAGGUGAAUUUGCGUGGGUUGUUCCACUGAUCGCCAUCAUCGUCAUCAUCCUUCUCCUCCUGGCCUCGAUUUUCAUCUGUGAAUUCCGGCGUAAACGCCGCGAGCAGCUACUGAACCAAUACGAGCCAGCCGAGGAA